CUGAGGUGAGGGCGCCAGUAAGACUUUUGUAGUGGUAGUGAGAGGCCCGCGGACUUGCUCGCUCCUCACAACAUAAACACAUGGCCACUAUGAAGACAACGUUAAUAUUCUGCCUCUUCCUCUGCCACUCCGUCCCGAGCUCACGCGGCCACAGGUCACGGAGAGGUCUUCAGGGUAGUGGGGACGAUCAUCACGACCACGCCCACGAUCACGCCAAAGCCUCAGCCAGUGAAAUCGUAGCUGCUAUCGACGCCAGAGGAUCAAGAUCUUCGCCGUCCUCUGGUAACCCUCCGCCAAAUUCCUGGUUGUACAAGUUCCCUCCCUGGUUCCUGCCAAGUAACCCGGCCCCUGAGGGCUUCAAGGUCAGUCAGGGCAAGUCUCAGGAUGGAGGCCCCGAGUUCUCCAUGGUAGACGACGGCGACAUUCUCAUCAUCGACGACAUCGGCAGCAGUGAACACACCAGCGACCUCAGCAACAUUAGAGUACCCGGCAACUCAGCCUUCCAGGACGAGGUGGUUCAGACACUCCUCGGGGUAAAAUACGGCACCAGUCAGGAUCCCUCAUCACUCGGGUCUAAAAUAGUCUCUGAUGAACUGGUGACACCGUGGUUAGUACCUCAGAGUGUCCCAGAGCCACCACUUCCCAACCCGGCCCCCACAGUUCCUCUCUCGUUCCAGAACCAUCACGGAGGCAACACGGGCUUCGACAACCACCUGGUGACCACACGACCCCAAGGUGACAAAAUUGGACUCUCUAAUAAUGAAAAUAUUUUUGUAUCUAAGACUGUAAUACCAGAGUCCACCCCGACAAAUUUCCCUGAUACUGAGUUCCAUCCGAGUCCCCCCGACCUGACCUUCACUGCUCGUCCCUUCAACGACGCCGCUCAGGUGGAACAUGCCUCAGGUGACACGCGGGGUUUUCGACCAUCUCCACUCAUCUCCGUCACUCAUCUUAAAGCUAACUCGGUACCUGGAGAACCCGUAGUGACCUCCCAGGGCCAGCAGCAACACAACCCCGUACACAAUAACAUCCAACACAACAGCAUCAGCGGCAACAUCUUCAAGGGCCAACUAGCAGCGCUGUUGAAGGCGUCAGACAGACCACACACUCGAGGUAACCAGAAUCAGGGGAAUAAUAAUCACAUCAGGAACCCCCAGACUCUCCCCAACAAACAGGAAGACCUCUCAUGGACGCCCUUCAUCCCGGGUAUUCCUCUGGCCAUCCUUCAGCAGUUAUCUCAAGCUGGCAGACGAGGACCACCGCCCCAACAGAACCACCAAGGGAACCAACAACCCUUCAACAACAACAACAACCUGCGACUCCAACACCAUAACACAAGAGGAGGAAGUGUCCCAGACUCAGCUUCUCUCCCCACCAGCAUCCAGGACAUAAUCGACGGCGCCUAUGACACAGUACAGCCCAUCUACCGCAAAGGAAGACAACAGGACAGUACCGCCGUGAACUCUGGCGACGGCACUGUACACGCGGGUGGAGGUGACCAAGACAACAAGUGGCUAUGGCGAUCUUCCUGAGUACCUCCUGUGUGUGUGUGUGUGUGUGAAGGAUAAGGCAACAUCUUCCCUGUGUUAUCAGAUCUUGGUUCCUCAUGUCAACUGGAAUUACCGUUUCCUUAAGUGACCUCAACACGAUAUCAUUCAACAUCUUACACAUAUAAAAGCACAACCACACUAAAUAUCAAUGUUUGUUCCUAUGUAAUAAAUAUGUAGCUUUACACCUGAAGAAUAUAAACUGUUUCGUGUUGUCUGUGUCUAAACUGACGUUAUAAAGUGCCUUUUAUCUCUUGUAUGGAGUUGCCUCAGUAACUCUAAGCCAAAUGGUGUUAAGCAUUAAUAGACUGGCGUGAGAGUUUCCUGACACACAUCACCUCUUAUGAGUCUUGUCUCCAAGUAAACAAAACUGCUACUGAGGGGUCAUACCUAUAGGAGUGGUGUGUGUGUGUGAGAGUGAGAGUUCCCUGACACACACAUGACCUCCUAACCCCUUGUAUACGGUGGGGUAGGGGUGUCUCUGUGCUGAAUAAACUAGUUUGUCAUCCCGUACUGAAGGGGUUAAAGUGUCGUCUCCCUCGUAGUGUAAAGAAAACACUAUUAUUAAGGGAUCAUAACUAUAAGAGUGAUCUGUGUAUAGAUAUUUAAUUUAUACUGUAAUUUAUAUUCUCGACAAGUAGAAUAGUUAUAACAUAAGUGUAAAUAAUGCAUUAAGUGUAUAUUUGUAAAUAAACAAUAC